UGACAGCAGCAACAUCAACUGGCGGCAGCAACAUUUGUGCGUUCAGUCGCAAUUCUGACGGUUGUGUGACGCGUUCGCCGGGCGGGCAAUGAAGCAGACCUUCUUUGUACUCAACAGAGAAAGAGUGACGUCAAAAAAACAAUAUAAACAAAGUGCAAACAAUAAAUACAACAAACGAAUCACAAUACGUAACAAAGUGUGUGCCAUAUAAAUAAGAAUAAUUAAGUAGAAAAUGCCGGAGAGCCAGCCACUCUAGGCAAAUAAAUUAGCAUAAUUUAGCAAAGAUUUGCCAAGACAAGCCGACAUUCAUUUCGCACUUAAUUAGUGUCCGACAGCGCUGACAAUGUGGCAGACACUAUCAACUUUAAGCACAUCACUCAGAGGAGCAACAGCAGCAGCAACGCCGGCAACCUGCAACUGCAACAGCAUGGAAAACGCGGAAAUGCACAGUCACAAAGUGGGCAACAUGUUGCCAUCAACAGACAAUGCGACAGCGGCAAUGCGUAGGUGUCGCUGUCGCACAAAAAUCGCAAACAGCAACAGCAGCAGCAACAACAACAUCAGCAGCAGCAGCAGCAACAAUAGUAGCAACUGCGGCAGCAACAUCCUGCAGUGGCUACUCCUGCUAUGCCUUUUCUGUGAUUUCGGUGAGGCGGCACUGCGUGAUGUCAAUCUGCUGGUGGAACCACCGGCAGUGCGAAGGGGUCAAUCGGCGGCUCUGCGCUGCGACUACCAACUGGACGGAGCGCCCUUGUACUCCAUCAAGUUCUACCGCGGCCAGAUGGAGUUCUACCGGUACACGCCCGGAGAGUAUCCACCCACCAAGGUCUUUCCGUAUCCCGGCAUCCGUGUGGACGAGAACGGCUCGAAUGCCACCAUGGUGCACAUACGCAACGUGAGCUUCGGCCUGUCCGGACCAUUUAGCUGCGAGGUGACGGCGGAUGCACCGCUCUAUUCCACCUCCACCGCCUACGCCCAGAUGCAAGUCGUUGAGUAUCCUGAGAAGCGUCCUCAGCUUUUUACGGAGCAUACGCGCUAUGAGCCCGGUGAUGUCCUUAGGGCGAAUUGCAGUACUUUACCUUCGAGGCCACGUGCAGAACUACGAUUUACUAUCAAUAAUAUACCGGUGAGCACGGAGGAAACACAGUAUAUUCGAUCGGUUGACAAUCUGAUUGCAUCCCGGCUCAGUCUGAAGCUGCAGCUGCAGGCGGUUCACUUUGUGGCCGGCUCCAGUGCCCAUGGAAAUGGAAAUGGUAAUGGCAAUGGCAUUGGCAUCACAAACGCACUGCAGAUGGUUGGCGGCUCUGGAGGUGGAGGAGGCCUCAUCCUGCGAUGCACGGCGCAAAUUGGCGAUUUCUAUCAGGAGUACAAGGAAAUCGAGCUGGGUACACCGCAAAAGGAUCCGGUGCCGGCCAGAGUGACGCUGUCGUCGGGCACCGGACUUCGUGGCUUCUUGGAGACCUAUUUUGCCAAAUCCUCGGCUUGCAGCCUCUGGCGCGGUGCGGCGGGGAGCGUGGCAGCGGGCUUAAUGGCCACGAUAUUAACCAGGCUGAUUAAUGGUAGCUAAAUGGGCGCAGGAUUCAUGGACUUCAUUUGGGUGCGACUCGCGGGUGGAGGAGGAGAAUGCGGCAUGUGGCGUGUGUGUGGGAUGUGUAUAGCUUAUCGAUCAGCGAUGGAAAUUAGAGAGCUCUCGGCCGUAAACUGCAUUAUUUACCUAUCACGAAUGCAAUUUAAAUUACAUCCACAGACACACACCUGGGAUGUCCGUGUGAUUCCCGUUAAGCUCCGCGCAUACACAUACACUCACCCACAGAUCCCAUAUAACUGUAAAUAUUUGCUUUAAUGAUGUGAACGGAUACACGUAAAUGAACUCGCACAUACACACACAUACACAAACACACUCAUAUAUACACGCAUACACACGCGCGACUAAUUGUUAAUUAAUGGAUUAUUUAAUGAUGCAUAAAAUAUUGGAUAAAAUAUGAAUGUUUCAUUUGCAUUUAGCUUCAACCCAAGCGGAUAUCAACUUAAUUUUAAGCGGAGUAAAAACCAAAUGUAAAUCGUUGAAACGAUUAAAAAAGCAGGAAGGGAAAAACAGAAAAAGAAAAAAAAACACAAAAAUAAAUACCAUAGAGAACUGUAAACAUUUAAAAAUG